UCUUUAAGCAAACAGAGCCUGCCCUAUAAAAUCCGGGGCUCGGACGGAAUCUCAUCCCUGACUUGGGGUCGCCUUUGGAGCAGAGAGGAGGCAAUGGCCCCCAUGCAGAACAAGGUGAUCUGCGCCCUGGUCCUGGUGUCCAUGCUGGCCCUUGGCACCCUGGCCCAGUCCCAGACAGAGACAUGUACAGUGGCCCCCCGUGAAAGAAAUAAUUGUGGUUUUGAUGGUAUCACACCCUCCCAGUGUGCAAGUAGGAGCUGCUGUUUCGAUGACAGCGUUCGUGGGGUCCCCUGGUGCUUCCAUCCUAACACCAUCGACAUCCCUCCAGAAGGUACGACCUUUUUAUACCAUGGGUUCUGAAGAUUUAGAAUUAGUUAGAAAAGCCACAUAAGACUGCAGAGGCUCUGAUCGGCAUCACCAGCUGUGCCUUUCCCUGGAGUCAUGGCCGCAGGUGGUGUCGCAAUGGGGUAGCCUGAGUCAGGCUGCAUUCAGGUCCGGGAAUA